AUGAAUAAAUAGGUUUUAUCGUUCAUUACUUAAAACCAAAACAAAUAUAGCUACAUUCAUUUAUUAGAUAACGUCCUAAAUAUUCAACCUAUUAACAAUCAACAGUUUUUGAUUUUACAAAACAAUAAAUUAGACUUACUAACCUUACCAGCUCAAUUAUAAUAAAUUAUUGAUUUCGAUAGUGAAUUCGAAUUCUUGGAUUGUUUAAUUUAAGAAACAGAAAUCCUAUAUAUUUUAUAAUCCUUGCCAAGUAAUUCAAUUAGUUACUGUAGAUUACAAAUUAUUGUUAUUAAUAUACAAUAAAAACGAAUAGAAACUUAAAGUAUUUCAACGAGAAAGUAAUGAGAGUCUAUCCAAAAUCAAAAUGAUUCAAAUCGUUGAUACUGAGUAGUUGAUAUACAAUGCAAUUCUUAUUAAAAAUGAAUAAGUAUGCUUAGUAACUCAAGGUAGAAACAAUCCAUUUUGUCUUAGGAUUAAGCAACUUGACCAUUGAUAUCUGCAGUGAAAUAUAAAAUCCUAUCGAAAUUUAUAGAAUUAAUGCAUCACUACUUUUACUCUUAACCAAGCAUUCAACAUACAUCAUCAAUAAUUAAUUGGAAAUCGCAUCAAUUAAUUUGCCAAUUCCUAUUAAUAAUAUCCUUUAAUCAUUAACGAUCAAAAAUUUCCAUUACAUCCUCACUAAUAGAACACUUAUACGAUUUGAUGAAGCAUCCUAUACUCUCUAUGAGAAUCUCAUAGAUGGAAUAACGCUUUAUGAAGAAAAUUUAUAUCUUUUUUAUUAUAAUGAUAAACAAUAAUUGUGUUUAUCCAAUAUCGAUGGAUAAAUUGUAAUCAAAUUGGAUUUUCACCAAAGGAUAUCCAAUUUGAAUAUUGUCAAUCUCUAAUCAUUAUUAAUAAAAGAUGAACAUAAUUCUGGAUAUUUGAUAUUUCAACCAGAUUUCAAAGCAAUCUUAUAAUAAUAUUUUAGAUUAGAUGAUUUCAAAGAUCAAUAAUAAUAAUAGUAAUAAUAGUAAUAAUAGUAAUAAUAAUAAUAAUAAUAAUAAUAAUAAAAAUAUAUUACUUAAGAAUUAUUAUUUACUCUUAAUAAAACCUAAAGAUAUAAAUAAAAUAUCGAUGAUAUGAUAAGUAUCAGUCUUAAAUAUAGUUAUAUCUAAUUAUUGCUAUUGAUGUGUGCAAGAAUAAGAGUUUUUAGAGAAUUCUUUAUUCAUAUAGAUAAAAUGUCUGAAAAUGGAAAUGAAAAAGAAUUAAGAAAUUUAUUGGAAAUCAAAAAAAUUAAGAAAUGUGAAUGCAUAGAAAAUGAUUAAAUAAUGGAAGAGCUCAUUGAAGAAUGCCUUUAAUAUAAAGACAAGAAAAUCUUUAUUUAUUUUUAAAAACUGUUUAUUGAGAAUCCCUUAUACGUUAAUGAUCACUACUAUUGUUAAAUAUUAUAGUGUGAAACUAACAGAGUUCUCUAUCAAAAUGCUGGCUUAGAAAUGCCAAUCAUUCCAAGUUAUGCAUUUAAAAGAGUGACCAAUUACAUUAUGUUUUUAUAGAAGGCAAAGAUUGUAUUUAUUUAAGAUUUAUUUGUAAAGAAAGAGAAACAAUUAUAAUUGUAAUAAUAAAAUAUGUAUUUUUAGAAUAAAAAAGGGAAUGAUAGGAAAUGCGAUGUAAUGCUAUGAGUGUUUGAAACCAAUUUCAUUUUCAGUCCAGAAUAAGAAUUAAUAACAAUAGGAAAGCAAAAUAGUCAAGUAUAUGGAUUGUUAUCAUGCAAUACAUAAAUAAUGUGUAUAGAUGUAGCAUGAAUGUAAUUAUGAGAACAAUAAAAAAUUGUUUUAAUUUUGA